AUGAAAUUUAGAUUUCUAUUUUAAAUGGGAAUAACAUUAGAAUCAAUAAAAUAAUUCAACAGAAAUGAUCUCAGUUAACUUAAAAAAUAUUAAAAACUGGCCAAUUCUGUCAAAAAUUUGCAUUCGCUUAUGAUAUUGUAUAAAUAUUGA